GAAAUCUAUCCACCAUACUUGCUUAGAUUUCCUCUGCAGAUUUCAUUAUCCAACAUGGCUCCUCGCAAACUCACCUUUUAGAUACUCUCACUGCCUUCAAAACACACCCAUCUGUCCUUAUUUAUUUUAAUCACCAAAAGAUAUACAAAUAUGCUUGCUGCAGACAUGGCUGCUACUAGUGGUGCUGUCCUAAAUGGAUUGGGAUCUUCCUUCUUGUGUGGAGGGAGGAGAACUCAGGCCUUGUUGGCUUUUGGAGGAAAUAGAUUGGCAAGUGGUGCAGUUGUUGGUUCAAGGAAGUUGUUAGUUAUGGCUGCUGCUGCUGCUGCUAAACCAAAGAAGUCUUGGAUCCCUGCUGUUAAACGUGGUGGCAACUUCAUUGAUCCUGAGUGGCUCGAUGGCUCGCUCCCAGGUGACUAUGGAUUCGACCCACUAGGCCUAGGCAAGGACCCGGCCUUCCUGAAAUGGUACAGAGAAGCAGAGCUCAUCCAUGGCCGGUGGGCGAUGGCUGCAGUGGUGGGAAUCUUUGUAGGGCAAGCAUGGAGUGGCAUCCCAUGGUUCGAGGCUGGUGCUGAUCCUGGUGCUAUUGCACCCUUUUCCUUCGGCUCUCUCCUGGGCACUCAGCUUCUGCUUAUGGGAUGGGUGGAAAGCAAGAGAUGGGUGGAUUUCUUCAACCCAGAUUCACAGACUGUAGAAUGGGCAACUCCAUGGUCAAGAACAGCAGAGAACUUUGCCAAUGCCACUGGGGAACAAGGAUACCCAGGAGGCAAAUUCUUUGAUCCGUUAGGAUUUGCAGGGACUAUAAAGAAUGGAGUUUACAUUCCUGAUGUGGAGAAGCUUGAUAGACUUAAACUUGCAGAGAUUAAGCAUGCUAGGCUUGCCAUGGUUGCUAUGUUGAUCUUCUACUUUGAGGCUGGUCAGGGAAAGACUCCUCUUGGAGCUCUUGGUUUGUAAAAUUUAUAAGAGAAAACUAUAUCAAUUAUGAAUGUAGAUAUAGUGUUUAAUUUGGAUGAAAAGAGGAAGAAAAUGUUAUCUGAGAGUCAUGACUUCCCUCAGUGAUAAAUUCAACAUUCUUUUUGCUUUGGCUUGGA